AAUUCAUUGAUAUGAUUGUUAAACGUCAAAUAUUUAACGUCUUGUGUAGUGACAAAUCACAAAUUAAUUGUAUAGUGACAUUGUUUAGGAAAAAUAUGUCUACUGAUAGUCAAGUUUUACGAGAAAUUUUUCAAAAAUCCAUUGAAGUUAUUCAACCACAACGAUUAAUAAAAAAUGAAGUGAAGUUAUGUCAGCGCCAUCUUACAGUGCGUGAUCAAACUUAUGAAUUGAACAAACCCUGUUAUAUAGUAGGUUUCGGUAAAGCAGUAUACGGAAUGGCUGUUGAAUUGGAACAAGUUUUAGGGCAACACCUAAAGAGGGGGAUAGUUAACGUACCAGUGGGAAUAUUUGAAAAAUUUGAGAGGGUAACUGACUCGAAGAUUGAAUACGUUGAAGGAGCAAAGGAUAAUUUACCUGAUGAACAAGCUUUGAACGGUGCCAAAAUGAUUAAAGACUUGGUCGAUAACAUCCAGGAUGAUUUAUUAUUUGUAUUAGUUUCCGGUGGAGGAUCUGCCCUUUUGCCUCUUCCCAUUCCACCUAUAACAUUGGAAGAAAAACAAAAUCUUAUAAGGAAUUUGGCAAAAAGAGGAGCCGAUAUCAACGAAAUGAACUGCAUAAGAAAAAGGAUUUCUAUUAUGAAAGGCGGAGGUCUCGCCGAAUUGGCUUACCCAUGUAGGGUUGUUUGUUUGGUGCUUUCCGAUAUCAUUGGAGAUCCGUUAGAUUUUAUAGCCAGCGGCCCAACAAUACCGAACACUGAUUCAAGGGAGAUGGCUCUGGCCAUUUUAAAGAAAUAUCAUCUAUAUAACGAAAUUCCAAUAUCAAUAAAAAAUGUGAUAGAUAAGGAAAAGGACGGCACUCAAUGUCCGGUCGUCAAUGGUGAAUAUGAGCAUGUGAAGACAUACGUUAUAGGUAAUAAUAAAAUAGCUGCCGAAGCCGCUAAACAAGAAGCGAUAAAUAAGGGCUUUCAAUCAGCUAUCAUUUCGACUCAAAUCGAUGGAGACGUAGAGAAAAUUAGCAAGAUUUAUGCGGAAUUAGCACGCAACAUCGAUAUUGCAAUUAGCGAUAAUAGUAACAAGGGCAAAUUAAGAGUUUUUUUAGAAACUUUUUCAUACGAUUUGCGUGUCGAGGAAAGAUUUGUUCAGGAACUUCUCGAUAUGGAUUUUAAUAAAAAGAUGUGCCUUAUUUUUGCAGGCGAACCUACGGUCGUCGUAAAGGGUACGGGUAAGGGAGGCAGAAACCAACAAUUAGCCCUGGCCUUUUCGAUAGAAGUUAAUAAGCUCGGUAUAAAAGCGGCUGAUAUUUCAUUUCUAAGUUGUGGAACAGAUGGCAUAGAUGGCCCGACAGAUGCCGCCGGAGCAGUAGCAAUUAGUGAUUUUCUGGAACAUACCAAGAAUAUUAAUCCUCAGUUAUAUUUGGAAAAUAACGAUGCUUACAGUUUUUACCAAAAGUUUAGAGAUGGAAAGGAUCUAGUUAAAAUCGGUCAUACGGGAACCAAUGUUAUGGAUUUACAUCUUAUGAUUAUACACCCCAAAAAUACUCAAUAAAAUUCAUAUAGAGGAAAA